CGGAAAAGAUCAUGAUGUGUAAUGGGUGCAGUUCGGGUGGUGAUCUGACACGGGUGGGGGCCAAGGGAUCUCCCUUCGUGGAAGAGGAAGAGGAAAGCAGUAAACUAUCCAACCAAUUGAGGUCUCCGUUCACUCACUCGACCAUAGCUCGGUUUAUUCUCCCAUGCACCGGUACCAGUGAGCAACCGAUGCUGCUCAGUCCGAGAGAAGGCCCGGCUCGGUUCGCGUGCACGUUCAUCUCUUACCCCGGAAUAGUCUCCUCGCUUUUCCCUGUACUGGGCCAGCGAACCAGCCAGCCAGCCAGCCAGCCAGCCUGCCUUAGGCAUGACAAUCUCCCUCUAGAUUCAGUUCUGAUUAUAUUCUGCGAACUCCUUGUCCGCAGCUCCCGACCAGCGAGCUGCAACGAGAGCAUUCUUGCCUGCCUGCUUGUUUGCCUGUCUGCACCAGCAGCAGCAGCCGCUGCAGUUGUUGCCUGAUGCCUGCCGACCUGCUUAUAGGAAGGCUGAUUGUCGAAAUUCUAAACAACUCUACUCGCACUAAGAGCAAUGAAAGACAGGUGACCAUUUCUUUUGUCAGGCAUCAAAUCACCCUUGGGUAACAUGAAGAUAAACCGAGCUUUGAGAAAUAGAGAGAGAGAGAGAGAGAGAGAGAGAGGCUGGCUGGGUGAGUGGUAAUCUCGAGAGAGUGGAAUGGACAAGAAAGGUGAAGUGCAGGGUGAGCUCGCUUGCAUCAUUGAGUCAAAUAUUUCGAGCGAUAGUCCCAUGCCGACGACCGCUUCCUGCCCCUCCGAGACCUGCUUUGAGAGGAUCCAUGCAAGCCGCGCCGCGACAGAUCUCAUUGGCUAUGCACAAUUGUUUAUUGUAGCACGACAAAAUGCUUUCUAGCCUCUGAUCGAUCUGUGAGGCGAUGCUGUGAUAUGCCCGCUGCUGCUGAACACGAAGAGUGAAUCUGACAGAGUGCCAUCGAUGGACCGAGUGUAAACAAUUCAUGGGACCUGUGUUUAUGGUUCUUCCCUCUUCGCCCCUUCUAGUUUACCCUUCCACAUCCCUUUCAGAUUGAGCAUCGUUCUGACAAAAGGUUAUAUUUUAUUCCAGAAAUUACUCCAUGGCUUUUCCCUCAGCAUUUUCAGAAUCUUUUCGGCAUGUGACGAGAGUACCGAUGUAUGGAGUUCUAGAAAGUCAAGUUGAACGGGGAAUUACGGGGAACAUUGACGCUUAGCUUUGAACGCAAGACUAUUCUUCAGGGUUGGAAACAGGAGAACUUGUUGAUAUUUAUUACCAUCUUGAUGUACUUUUUUACGUGAUAUAAAAGCGA